AUGUCUUCCUCGUCGUCUGAUGGUGUUGAUGAAAGAUUAGACGAAGCUUUUGAAGAAAUGUUUGACCAACAAUUUGAUCAUGCAUUCGAGUCAGUAUUUGAUGUUCAAGCUAAAAAACCGAAGAGACGAGCUUAUAUCGAAAGAGAUCGGGAACAAGGUCACAAUAUACUUUGGAACGACUAUUUCAGUGAAAAUCCUACAUACCCACCGCAAAUGUUUAGGCGACGUUUUCGAAUGAAUAAGCCGUUGUUUCUUCGCAUUGUUGAUCGGCUAAAUAAUGAUGUUCCAUACUUUAAGCAACGAAGAAAUGCUCACGGAAGGUACGGGCUCUCCGCACUUCAAAAGUGUACAGCGGCUAUACGUAUGCUGGCAUAUGGACAACCUGGAGAUACGUAUGACGAAUAUCUCCGACUUGGUGAGAGUACUGCACUUUUAUGUUUAGAAAAUUUCAAUAACGGGAUAAUACAAAUCUUUGGAGAUGAGUAUCUAAGGAGCCCUACACCGGAAGAUCUUCAAAAAUUACUCGAUGUUGGAGAGGUACGCGGGUUUCCAGGGAUGAUAGGCAGCAUUGACUGUAUGCAUUGGGAGUGGAAAAACUGCCCAACGGCUUGGAGAGGACAGUACACACGUGGUUCAGCAAAGCCGACAAUUGUCUUAGAGGCGGUGGCAUCACAUGAUCUUUGGAUAUGGCACGCAUUUUUCGGAUUACCAGGUCCUAAAGCAGAGCUAUUUGCUGAACGUCAAGAAUCCGUCAGAAAAGAUGUGGAACGUGCUUUUGGAGUAUUGCAAGCGAGGUUUGCAAUAGUUAAAAACCCAGCUCGAAUUUGGGACAAGGAAAAGAUAGGUAGGAUUAUGAGAACUUGUGUCAUACUGCACAAUAUGAUAGUUGAGGACGAACGACACGGAUACACUCUGUUUGAUAUAUCGGACUUCGAAGCAGGAGAGUCAAGCAGAAGUUCCCAGGUUGAUUUCUCGUACUCUACGGACACCCCAUCCAUUAUCAGUAAUAUGCUUCCCAUUCGCAAUCAAAUUCGAGAUCAACAGAUACAUGCUCGUUUGAAAGCUGAUUUAGUCGAAAAUAUUUGGCUAAAGUUUGACAAUUUCUUACAACAGACCAUUCUUAUAACAGACAAUUCUUACAAUAACAAGCAGAUUCUGGUGAUGGAGAAAACCAUCCUUGGAAACCUCGAAUGGCAAUACGUGUUCCUUGUUCAUUACAGCUUCCAUGUCUGA